AUGGCAGAUUCUUUACCGGCAGAGGUGGGGGAGGGUUCGCCGUCACGGUCUUCGUGGAAGUACGACGUCUUCCUCAGUUUCAGAGGAGCAGAUGUUCGGAGAACUUUCGUCAGCCAUAUGGACGACGCUCUCAAGGAAGAAGGAAUCAUAACCUUUCAUGACGACAGAGAUCUUGAGAGAGGCAAUUUCAUCUUGGAAGCACUUGAGGAAGCGAUGUCUGAGUCGCGAUUCGCAAUCGUUGUGAUUUCCAAAGACUACGCUGCCUCUCACUGGUGCUUGAAAGAGCUUUCGUUUAUGGUCGACUUAGCUGAGAAGAAACUUCUUGAGUUGAUCCCUAUAUUCUACGAAAUCGAUCCAUCGAAGCUGAAGAGCCGAACCGGGUGUUUCAACGACGCUUUUGAGAACCAUACGCUCAGAUUUGGUCCGGAGACUGUAGGGAAAUGGAGGAUGGCUUUGGCUAAAGUCGGUAACAUUUCUGGCUGGGAUUCCAAAACCAGGAACGAGGACUCAAAGCUUGUACAUGAUGUUGUUCAAGAUCUUAUUUAUAGAUUAUACUCUGCAGACUUGUCAUCAGACGAAAACUCUGAACUGAUUGGGAUGAGUUUCCACAAGAAACGCAUAGAAUCUCUCUUAUCAAUGGACUCUGAAGAUGUGCAAAUGGUAGGAAUCUUGGGCAUGGGUGGCAGAGGGAAAACCACCAUCGCUAAGUAUGUCUUCGAGAGCCUCUCGAGUCAGUUUCCUGAUCGUUGCUUUGUAGAAAACGUGAAAGAUGAUUACCAAAAACAUGGUGAAUCACAUCGGAAGCAAAUCAUGUCUCAGAUUUUCCCCAAAAGCUCCAUGAAUGCACGGAUCACCAUCGGUUCUGAUGCAAUGAUGCGAAGGUUACGCGGCAAGAAGGUUCUUCUCGUCCUCGACGAUGUUGAUGACGUUCAACAACUUCAAGAUUUGGCUGGAAACAUCAAGUGGUUUGGACCAAGGAGCAGGAUCAUCAUAACUACAAGAGAUAAACGCGUACUAGAUGAGCAUUCUGUGAAACAUAUCUAUGAAGUGAAGCCGCUUAGGACUACACAAGCACUUCAACUUUUCAGUAAACAUGCUUUCAAAAUGAAUCGCCCACAAGAAGAAUUCAGAGAGCUAUGUUUAGAUAUCGUCGAGCAGCUUUGCGGUCUUCCAUUAGCGCUACGUGUCAUUGGUGCGUCUCUUUAUGGCCGGAAAAUAUCUUUCUGGGAAGAUAAGUUGUGUAUACUAAGGAACAGUCUUGAUAAAUCUAUCUCAAUGGCGUUGAAAGUGAGUUAUGAUGCACUUGAUGAGCAUGAGAAGAUUGUUUUUCUUCAUGUUGCUUGUUGUUUCAAUGGGGAAUACAUGGAUCGAGCCAUAAUGGUUUUAGACCCAUUUGUGUUUAAAUCUAAACCAAGGCUAGUGAUUCUGAUGGAGAAGUCUCUGAUUAGUAUGUCCAACAAUACGAGGCUAUGGGUUCAUGAUUUACUUCAAGACAUGGCUAAGGAUAUCAUUUGUGAAGGAAAAAUGGAAAAACCAUGGAAGCGUAAAAUGCUUUGGAAAUUUUUUGAUGUCAAAGGCUUGUUCACUGAUAAUAUGAGGACUAAAGACAUCGAGGUUGAAACUAUAAUGCUCAACAUGGCUGAAGAGACAGAGCUUUGCAUUAAUCCCUCAACGUUUGAGAGGAUGAUUAAUCUCAAAUUUCUUAAAAUUUAUAACAAUAUCAGUGUUGAAGGGAGCAAAGUGUGCAUUGUGGGUGAUUUUGACUACCUCCCUCCACUAAGAUAUCUUCACUGGGAGGGUUACACUCUAAAGUCAUUGCCUUCACACUUCAAUACUGAAAAUCUAGUUCAGCUCAACCUCCAUGGCAGCUCAGUUGAAACACUAUGGAGUGGAAGUCAGGAUCUUGGAAGUCUAAGACACAUGAACCUAAACAAAUGCAAGAAUCUGACUGAAAUCCCAGACCUUUCAAAGGCAAGGAAUGUAGAGUGUUUAUGCCUUUGUGAUUGCGAAAGCUUGGUUGAGCUCCCAUCUUCUCUUGGCCAUCUCGAUAAGUUAGUUAAACUGUCCUUGGUAAACUGCAAGAAACUCAAGAAUCUCCCUUGUGACAUCUACUUGAAGUCUCUCAAAGCUCUUAAUUUAGACGGAUGCACAAACAUAGAAGAAUUCCCAUUUGUCUCCAACGAUAUGGAAAAGCUGGGAUUGAGCUACACAUCAAUCGAAGAAGUGCCGGAUUCGAUCCAGGGUCUUUCGAAGCUCACUGAACUGGGGCUAGCACACUGCAAGAAACUGAAGAAUCUCCCUGAAUCCAUUGGGAGUUUGGAUUCACUCGUACAUCUCACGGUUGCUUACUGUCCAAGCAUCACAGAGUUUCCAUUGCUUGGAAAUGGAGUAGAGAUACUGUCGUUGAAUGGAACAGCGGUUGAAGAAGUUCCUUCAUGGAUAGGAGACAAGAUGACUCUCUUGUGUCUUGACAUGUCAGAAUGCAAGAAGCUUCGUAAUCUUCCUCACUCGUUGAGCAAGCUGAAGAACCUCAAGCUGCUUUAUCUCCGUGGAUGCGUUAGUGUCACUGAGAUCCCGAAAGUCGCAGGGGAAAUGAGAAGGUUUGACUUGCAUGGGACGUCGAUAGAGAAAUAUGGGAUUCUCUCUGAAGAGGAAGCACUUGUGUUGCACAAUCGUGAUAUGGAGUUCUUGAAAGGGUUUCUCACUCGUUAUGUUCGUAACUACAAGUUGAAAAAGAGCUCUCGAUAG